AUGCCUCGCGCACCUCCCGAGGCCGCCAUCGGCGGUCAGGGCAAUUCCUUUGCCCGUAAGGCCGAAACGGGUGCCGCCGACCCCGUCCUCACCCGUAUUUCCGAGGAGGAUACCAUCCCAUGGUACAAGAAGCCGAACCUGCGAUACCUCUACUUCAUGCUGUUCCCCACCUGUAUGGGUAUCGAGUUGACCUCCGGUUUCGACUCGCAAAUGAUCAACGCCCUCCAGAUGGUCGAACACUGGGAUGACUGCAAGUUGCCCUCUUCAUCCGCAACCCCAAGCCACAUGGGUAAUCCUGAGGGUGCCUUGAGGGGCAUCAUCGCUGCCGCCUACCCCUUGGGUUCCUGCCUGUCUCUUCCCUUCAUUCCCUGGGUAAACGACCGCUUUGGCCGUCGGUGGUCCAUCUUCGGAGGUAGCAUCGUCAUGGUCAUUGGUGCUAUUAUCCAGGGAUUCUCUGCUCAUGUCGGCAUGUACAUCGUUGCCCGCAUGAUUCUUGGAUUCGGCAUUCCGACCUGUAUCGUCUCCGGUUCUUCCCUCAUCGGCGAGCUUAGCUAUCCGAAGGAGCGCCCCAUUUUGACCUCGCUUUUCAAUGUCGCCUACUUCGUUGGACAGAUCAUGGCUGCCGGUAUCACUUUCGGCACCAACACCAUCCAGAGCAACAUGGCGUGGCGCAUCCCCUCGUGGCUGCAGAUCUGCCCAUCUCUUCUCCAGAUCUUCUUCGUCUUCUUCCUCCCCGAGAGCCCCCGAUGGCUGAUCUCCAAAGACCGCGGCGAGGAGGCUCAUGCCAUCUUCGCAACCUAUCACAGCGAGGGUACCCGUGGAGAGGAGUUCGUCAGGGCCGAGUUUGCUCAAAUUCAGACCACCCUCAAGCUUGAAUUGGAGGCUGCGAGUAUGAGCUGGUCGGACAUUCUCGCCACCAAGGGCAACCGCCGCCGAGCUCUUGUCUCCAUGUUCCUUGGCCUGUUCACCCAGUGGUCCGGCAACACUCUCAUCUCCUACUACCUGGGCAACAUUCUCCGCAUGAUCGGCAUGACCAAUAGCCAGGACAUUCACCGCAUCAACCUUAGCAUCGCCUGCUGGAGCUUGAUAUGCGGUUUCACUGUCGCCAUGCUUGUCCGUCGCUUCCGUCGCCGUGUCAUGUACAUGACCUGCACCAUCUCUCUGUUUACCGUCUACGUUGCAUGGACCGUCUCUAUGGAGCGCGCUAUGCACGCUGUAGAGAACGACUACGUCAACCAGGGCGCCUCCAUCGCAACCAUCUUCUGGAUCUUUGCCUACUCGCCCGCCUACAACAUGGGCUACAACGCGCUGACCUACACGUACCUCGUCGAACUCUGGCCGUAUGCCCUCCGUUCUCGUGGUAUUUCCUUCUUCCAGCUGUUUGGCCGUAUUGCCAACUUCUUCACCACUUUCGUCAACCCUAUCGGUCUUGAUAACUCUGGCUGGCGCUACCUCAUCUUCUACUGCUGCUGGCUUCUCUUCGAGAUCGUCUUCGUCUACUUUUUCUUCCCCGAGACUGCAGGCCGAACUCUCGAAGAAUUGGCAUUCCUUUUCGAGGACAGGGACAAGGCCGAGGCCGCCAACCAAGCCGUCGAGAAGGCCUUCCAACAAGACGACAUGGCGGCCGCUGGCGAGACCACUGUUGUCGAGGGCAGGUCCGACGAAGCGGCUGCAUCCCCGGACAUCAGCAAGAAGGUGUAAUGGAUGAUAAGUCUCUUUGUGAUGACGAAAAGAAGGUGGACUCUCCUGUGGUCUCGGCGCGGGACGAAGGAUAUCCCUGCAGAUGCGUCCUGUCGAGCUCGUUUUAUGUUGUGUAUUGCGCUGCGCGAAAGGACAUUCGCUCGCUACGGGAAAUGAUGGGUUACUGAAGGCUGUGUGCGGUUGAGAUACCACGUUUUACCACGAUGAUGGAAUGGCUUGUUUCGGCCACCUUUUUGAUUGCUUGACGUAGGAAAAGUGGCGAGAGACAACGGCCACGAUAAAUACAUUACUGUUGGUUUUCUGG